AUGAAACACUACAACAGCUACUAUGGAGGCCUGGACAAUGGCUAUGGAGGCUUUGGGGGCCUGAGCUGUGGCUAUGGCUGUGGGUAUGGCAGUUUCCACAGACUGGGCUAUGGCUGUGACUUUGGUGGCUGUGGAUAUGGCUCUGGCUAUGGAGGCUAUGGGUAUUGCUACAGCUGUCCACUUACCUGUGGAGGAUAUGGGUUCUUCACCUUCUACUGA